AUGGCACUACCUAAAAAAUCCAGUCAGGAUGCUUGGCGACGAACCGGUUUUGUCAAUAUCGCUUUGGCAUCAACUUGUGGAAUUUCGCUCCUAGUAUGUCUUAUCAUAAGCCUCAAGCGGCCAGGGUCCUCGUUGAAUACGUCUACCAUUAUAUUCGAGGGAUCGUGUAACGACUCUUCCAACAUCAAUAUUGCGUUGCACCUGGUUCUUAAUCUACUCUCAACUGGUAUUUUAGCAUCGUCGAACUACUUUAUGCAAAUCGUCAGUUCUCCAUCACGGGACGAAAUCGACAAAGCGCACAUGUUUCUCUUUUCCCUGGAUAUCGGAAUACCAUCUAAUAAGAAUAUUCAAUUCAUAUCUCGUUUCAAAAAAACCUGCUGGGUUGUUUUACUGUUGUCAUCCCUCCCAAUACACCUCUUUUUCAAUGGUACUAUCUUUGAAACGAGAUAUCAAGGCUCAGAUUGGUAUUCAACUGUUGCAACCGAGGCCUUUACUCGAGGCGAACAUUACUUUCCUCCUGGAGCAAGCCUGGAAUUCAUCAUGCCCCCUAGAUACAAUCGCCAACCUGAUAUUAAACCUGACGAAAUUGUGUCACCAGAAGCUCUACAAGAAAUCAAAAAGGCAGCAACAGACGGUAGCAGCUGGAAACCCAUGGAUCCUCCCACUUGUUACGCCGAGUAUACGACUUGCAAACCAAGGAAUCAAUACCGCGAUGUGGUGAUGGUUGUCGACAGCGGUACCAACAACACAAAGGGUUGGACUCGAGGAGAGGCCUUCAAGUUUCCUCUGAAUACAUCUCUUUGGUGGGACAAAUACGUCCCUCGGAAUGAAACCAAUUCUCUGUGGCACACUUCCCAGUGCGCAUUGAUAGAACAGGCAGAACCGGAAGAUCGAAGUUGCCAUACUAGGUGUGAUUAUUCCAUAAUCCCCCCUUUAACACAAUUCAAUCUAUACAAUGUCAAUAAAACCUCACCGUCACAUUGGACAGUUUUUCCCUCCUAUCAGGAACGAGACCCCGCGUACCGCGUUAACGACAAGCUUAUUUUCAUGACUAUUAAAUAUUGUCUUGCUGAACCCUAUUCAAGGGUCUGUAAGGUUGGUAUAUCUAACGCAUUGCUACUACUUGUCAUUAUUUGCACAUUCAUCAAAAGUGUUCAGUGCGGCAUCAUCGUCUGGAAAUUGCCACACUACUCGCUCGUUACUCCAGGAGAUGCUAUAGCAUCCUUUAUCACUAACCCUGACCCCUAUACCAUCGGGCUUGGGACCCUAGAUAUCCUUGACAGCUCUAGACUCGAGUCUAAGCAACGUCAGUUCUGGUCUCCAUAUGACGAACAUAUGCUAGUGCCAACGACAAAGCCUCGACAGUGGGUGGCUGUAAAGCGGCGUUAUUUAUCCAUCAUACCUCGGACCGUGCGAUUUCGCACAUAUGUGCUCUUAAUAUUUUCAAUAAUAAUACUUUGCGUGGGUUUAGGGUUCUCUUACCAAAGUAACGAUCAUACAUUUGGAGGUCCCUUUGGUCAUUCAGACGAAGUUCGAGUGACUAAUAUUAUGAGAGAUUCCGGGUUUAUGAGCACACUUAUUGUUGCUAACACGCCUCAGCUCCUACUAUCAGCGUGUUAUUUCUCUUACAACGCGUUCUUUACCCGACUCCUGGUCGAACAGGAAUGGAACUCGUAUAGCCUACGAUAUCAGCCCCUUCGAGUUUCUUAUCCCAAGGGCGGGCAGAUCUCAAGCUAUAGACUACAGCUGCCGUACAAGUAUAGCAUACCACUCAUAAUCAUAAGUGUAGUAUGUCACUGGCUUCUGUCAGAUGCGUUCUUUUUCUUUGGUAUCGAAGGCGGUACGUACCUUCUAACAUAUGGUGUAAACCCUAAUCCUAGUACCCAAGCGUAUUUUCAUCUCUCCGAAACCUCUUUGGUCUCCUUGGGCUACUCAACCCCUGCUAUACUGGCAUUACUUGUCAUUGGCUGUGCCAUAGUACCCUUACCACUGCUUUUCAGCCUGCGGAGACCCAAAGGGAAGAUGGUGGCAGGGGGCUCGAACUCGUUGGUUAUGUCAGCGGCUUGUCACUGUUUCAUAUCAUCCCCGACUGAAGUACAAAGUCAAGCAUGUUCACCCUCAAACGACGAAGAAGAGAUGUUGCGGGAAUUGUCUCAAUCGAAAUUGAAAUGGGGUGCCACAUCUCUACCAAGCGACGUUGCCGAAGCUAUGAGCGAGGAGAGUGGAAAUAUGGUAAUGCACCUUGGCUUCGGGGGUGAAUCGUCUAAGGUUAGAUGUCCUGAAGAAGGGGAAUGGUAUGUGUAA